UGUACGGAUUCAUGGAGUGAGAGCGCUCCGCCUUUGGUUCCUUCUUCGUACUCAGGUAAGAAUAUUUUAAAGAUGCCUUGCCGUGGUAAAAUUAUUGUGAUUAAAAGAAGUGGUGCUGAUGGAACCCAUUUUCCACUGACUGCAGCUACAUGCUUGUUUGGAAGGAAAUCAGAAUGUGACAUUCGCAUUCAGCUGCCACAUGUCUCCAAAGAGCAUUGUAAAGUUGAAGUCAAGGAAAAUGGAGAGGUGUUGGUCACCAAUUUAAGUUCAGUGAACCCAGCUCAGUUGAAUGGGAAUGCUCUUAAACAGACUGUACGCCUCAAACAUGGAGAUAUCAUCACCAUUAUUGAUCGCUCUUUUAGAUUUGAGAGCCCUCAGGUACAACAAGGAAGGCGGCGAUCUGCAGGGCUUGAUUCUGAAAAUUUUAAGUUAUUUGCCAGUAACCAGUCUGAGGACACAAAUGAAACGGUGCGGAUAGAAAGUAUAACGACCAGUAAAGUCCAGAGAAAAUCUGAAGGAAAUGUUAUUAGAACAACUCAUACUCGUCGCUCGCUGCAGACCACUUCAUCAGAGUCAAAGAAAGACCAGUCUCCUUUCGGUGAACUCUAUAAAAUGCUCAAAAGCAAAGUCGAGUCUACAAAGAAAGAAAAUGGUCAGACCCCAGUAAAGGAAAGUAGCAGCUCUCCAAAAAAUGUGAACGUGAAGAGGAAUUUUCAGGCCGAAGCAGUUUCUCAGUCUCCUGCCACUUCCAGGCGAGACUCUAAAAGAAGUCAGUCAAGUGACAGCGCAACAAUUCAAAGCAAAGAUCUAAAGGUGGAACCUAGAUCAGUCUCUGCUUACAGCGUCAGGGAACAGUCAAAAAGCCCCUCAAGAGGGCCCAGAAAUUCUUUCACCAAACAGAAGCAAGGCAGUGCAGUGGGAGUCAAUAGUCCUGUCAUUUCAAAUUCUGCACAGAGCAGCUCAACAGAUGAAGAGGCUGCACAGGACCAUGUCCAGACUCCACGGAGAAGGUCCGACCAACAAGUGUCUCAAGAACAAGAGGCUUCAGUUUCCCUGGAGAAGGAAUCUCCCAGGAGAUCUAGAAGUGCUGAGAAUGUGCCCUCACCUGCUGGUUCUAGCCGUCGGACAAGCAGGGGCCAGUCCGCUCCUCACCCAACUGGUAUAGAGAACCAAGAAAAUUCUCCUCUGCCAGUUCAAUCUCCUAAGGGCAGACGAAGCGGAUCUAAAGAUCAGACUAAGGGAACACCAGCUAAGCCUGUUGGAACAGAAGAAAAAGUAAAUGAACGAGCUCAAGGACUUGCAACAAGAAAGUCUCCAAAGAAACGACGUAGUGAUGAUCUUGGACUGACUGAGCCACCCCUUAAAAGGAAGAGAGUCUCUUUUGGUGGACAUCUGAGCCCGGAGCUUUUUGAUAAAAGGCUUCCUCCAAAUUCUCCCCUUAAGAAGGGGGCGACUCCUGCUAGACGAAGUUUAUCGCUUCACUCUCCACGUGCUGUUAUGAGGAAGAGUUUUGGUUUACGGCAGACUAUGAUAAAGGAAGUUCUUGAACGAUCUGCUAUGCAGGAUGUAAGCUCUCCCUUAGUCACAUUCAUAACACCAACCAGGAGAGCUUCAUCUUCAAAAGGAGCACAGAUUGUCGUGACUGAGGCAGUCCCGGCAAAUAUCUCGGUGUCCUCUCCAAAAAGAUCUUCAGCUGUGAAUAAAAAGUCACCAAGUAAAUCUCCACUCUCUGUUGCUAGAACGCCUGUUAAACAAUCGCCAAACAAAUCUCCAUCCAAGACUUUGUCCCUUACUCCACUUAGAACCUCUCCGUCCAUAAAGUCACCUGUCAUUUCUCCAUCCAAGACUCCUGUCAAAAGGACACCAGUGAAACCUGAGCCCGCAACUUCUGCCAAGCGCUCUUUCUCAAAUGUGCCAGUUUCUGCCAAGAAGUCGCCUGUAAAAUCCUUGCCUCCCACUCCUGUCAGGAAAUUUUUAAUAACCCCAUCCACAACACCAGGUAAGAGAUCUCCUUCCAGAUCUCCCAUUCCAGUGAAGAAGUCCCUGAUAAAAUCUGAAGCCACUACACUUUCCAAAUUGUCCACCCCAGGCAAAAGGUCCCCAGGAAGAUCUCCAUCCACAUCUCCGGCUAAGAAGUCUGCUGCUAAAUUUUCCACCACAGGCAAAAGGUCCCCAGGAAGAUCUCCAUCCACAUCUCCGGCUAAGAAGUCUCCUGCCAAGUUGUCCACCCCAGGCAAGAGGUCGCCAGGAAGAUCUCCAUCCACAUCUCCGGGCAAGAAGUCUCCUGCCAAGUUGUCCACCCCAGGCAAGAGGUCGCCAGGAAGGUCUCCAGCUAAGAAGUCUCCUAAAUUGUCCACACCAGGCAAGAGGUCACCAGGAAGACCUCCAUCCACAACCCCGGCUAAGAAGUCUCCUGCCAAGUUGUCCACACCAGGCAAGAGGUCGCCAGGAAGACCUCCAUCCACAACUCCGGCUAAGAAGUCUCCUGCCAAGUUGUCCACCCCAGGCAAGAGGUCGCCAGGAAGGUCUCCAGCUAAGAAGUCUCCUAAAUUGUCCACACCAGGCAAGAGGUCACCAGGAAGACCUCCAUCCACAUCCCCGGCUAAGAAGUCUCCUGCCAACUUGUCCACCCCAGGCAAGAGGUCGCCAGGAAGAUCACCAUCCACGACUCCGGCUAAGAAGUCUCCUGCUAAAUUGUCCACCCCAGCCAAGCGGUCUCCAGUUAAGUCUCCAGUUGCAAAAUCACCCAGUACUCCAGCCCCUGUUAAACUCACAAGAUCUCCAGCAUCUGCCAAGAAGUCAUCCGUCUCAAUAUCUCCAGCAAAUCGUUCUCCUGCUACACCAUAUACCAAGGGGCGAUUCUCUGUUUCUCGUGUGGCUACACCACCCCAGGUGGUAGAGAAUGUUUCUAAAGUUCUUGCAUCACACACUCCAAAGCAUACUCGAAAGUCCUUGACAUCAAAGAAAACACCAGCCCGAAGAAGUCGAAAAUUUGAUGCCUUUGAGGUUAUUCGUGCCAGAAGGCGCAGUGGCGCCUCAGAAGCCAACUUGCUUGUGGCUAAAUCAUGGGCGGAUGUGGUCAAAAUCGGUGUUGCAAAAUCUCAGAAGAAAAUCGAUAAACCUGUUCGGAAGGCAGUGGCUACUAAGAAGAAACUUAAACCAAAGACUCCAGCAAAAAGGGCAAAGGAUGUAUCCAGCACAGGCCAUGCAGAUUCUCCUGCAACUAUUAUUGUUGGAAGAGCUUACACAAGAACAUUGAACUUGACCGGAUACGUACCAAAGGUGGUCAGAAAUGAGGCUGUAAAACUGAACCCACCUCACAAUGAAAGCUUUACUGGCAUGGCAGAGUUAUUCAGCACACCUGAGAGUGCAAAACAGCGCAAAAGCAACAGAUUUGAUGGGUCUAAAGCAGGCACACCAAAGUCAACCACUGAAAUGUCUGUGAUGCAAACACCAGAGGAAGCAGGUGAAAUGGUGGUUUCACCAUUAAACAGUCCUGCUACAACCCAGCGAAAGCAAUUUGCCAGAGAUGCUGUUUCUAGACUCCUUGAAGUUCCAGUGUCACCAGAAUUAAGUAAAGUUACAGUGUCCGAAAAUGCUGAGCUAGAAGCCUCAAAGUUUAGUAAGAACAACCGAAAAUCAGUCGGGCUUACAGGGGUGAAGCGCAUCAUGAGAACACCAAAACAAAAGGGAAAACCUGUUACCGAUCCACAUGCACUACGGAAGUUGUUGAAGACGCCAAAACAACCCGAAUCCACACAAUCAUACACUCGUCGAUCCGCUAACCUUGAGGUGCUUAGCAUUGCACAACUCAUGAAGACUCCCAGGCAGAAGGGAGUACCUGUGGAAGACAAGAUGGGAAUAACACGUAUUAUGAAGACGCCAAGACAAAAAGGAGAACCUGUGGAAGUUUACACCGGUGUCAGGCGCAUAAUGCGGACACCAAAGGUGAGAGGAGAGGCGGUGGAAGACAUGGUUGGAAUAAAGCGCUUAAUGACGACACCCAAAGUGAGAGGGCAACCGGCGGAGGAUAUUGACAUAAGUCACUUGAUGAGUACACCUACUACAAACACCGAGUCAGCUGAAAAUACCCGUCCAAUAGAGGAGAUAUUUGGCAUAAAGAACCUAGUGAAAACUCCUCCAAAGAAAUCUGCAGCUCAACAGGCUUUGGCUGCAGAUUUCAAAAAUGCCAGUGAAGCUUUAAGACCUCUUGCAAGUUCUAAUACCCCUGCGAAGAGAGGAAGACAAUCCAAGCGACUGUCCCUUCCAGCUGAAACUGCUACUACAGUGAAUGAAGUACAGAAAACAAUGGCAGUAGCAGAGUUUGAGAUUGCACAGGAAUCUGGUGGGCAGAGUAUCAGCGAGGUUAUUAAAUCUGCCUAUAAGAAGAAAGGCCGACCAUCCAAGAAUAUUCCUGCUCUACCUGCAUCUGAAAUGCCUAAAUCUGCUGAAAUGCCUGAAGUGACCUCACCUUCUCAAAGAGGAAGACCUAGAAGCACCCCUGAAGUACCAAAGGAGUCUCAAGAUUCUAAUGUUGAUGUGACCUCUCCUUCACGUAGAGGAAGACCCAGAAGCACUGUUCUAUCUCCUAUAGCUGACAAGGCAACUUUACAGGCAAAUGAGGGAGGCAUUUCACAAGUACAAACAGAAUCUGUUUCUGAGGAUGCAAUUUCACCUUCACGUAGAGGAAGGCCCAGAAGCACCCCUGAAGUACCAAAGGAGUCUCAAGUUUCUAAUGUUGAUGUGACCUCUCCUUCACGUAGAGGAAGACCCAGAAGCACUGUUCUAUCUCCUAUAGCUGACAAGGCAACUUUACAGGCAAAUGAGGGAAGUAUUUCACAAGUACAAACUGAAUCUGUUUCUGAGGAGGCAAUUUCACCUUCACGUAGAGGAACGCCCAGAAGUACUGCUGCAACUCCCAACGACUCUGUUACUGAAGUGACAUCACCUUCCCGGAGGGGAAGAGCUAGUGCAGUGGUAACAAAAGAGAGCCUUCAUGCUGCUACUGAGGUGGUAACGUCGCCUGCACGUGAAGGAAGACUUAGCACAACUUUGAAAGCAACAGAAGAAUCUCAUCCAGCUUCUCAGGAGAUGACAUCGCCUACACGCAGGGGAAGGCCUAGCAAUACUGCAGCAGUAGCAGAAGAUCUAGCUUCUGCUGUGGAGAUUACUUCACCUUCACGUAGAGGUAGACCUAGGAAAUCUUCAGAAGUAGUAAAAGAGCCUCUUACAGAUUCUUCUGAUAAGAUAAUUUCACCUAAUCAUAGGGGGAGAGCUAGCACAGUUGAGACCCCCAGUGAGUCAGUUCCAAAUGAGACGUGUACUUCACCUACACGUAAAGGAAGAACUAGCACAACUACAAGAAACCAAAAGGAUUCUCCUCAAGCUUCUUCUGGAAAGAUUACUUCGCCUGCACGUAGGGGAAGACCAAGUACCGCUGCGGAAGAAUCUGAUAAAACUGAUGCUGGGGUGGCUUCUCCAUCUCGUAAUGGCAACCUGCUGAGCACUUCUGAAGAACUGAAGGAAUCGCUUAUAGUUUCUGAAACCAAAGUAGUUUCACCAUCACGAAGGGGAAGGUCUAUAGAAGCCGCAAAAGAAUCUCUGCCAUUUGCUAAUGAAAUUGUUUCACCAAAACGCAGGGGAAGACACGCUAUUACAGAAAUGGUGGCCAAGGAACUGGACCCAGCUACAGAUGGAAAAGUUAAGAAUACCAGAGGGAGACCGCAGAGGACAGAAGAUGUUUCCAAGGAAUCAUCUGUUUCUGUUGCUGCAGUAACUUUACAGACUCGUAGAGGAAGAUCUAAAGACCCUGUAGAAGUACCUAAAGACUCUGUUCCAGUUACGUCUGCUGUGACCUCCCCAGCACACACUAGAACGACUAAAAGCACACAAUCAUCUGUUGACAAGGAGACCCUGCAGACACACGAAGGGCAUUCUAAAAGCACUGCAGAUGCUUCUAAGGAACCAGCCUCUGAAGUUACAUCUCCACGUAAAGGAAGGCCUAAAGCCUCUGUAGAAUUGGCCAAAGAGCCCGUGGCGGUAACUGAAGAAGCACCUACGACUCGCAGAGGAAGAGCAAAAAUCGCUGCAGAUGUUCCCGAGAAAUUGACACGUAGAGGAAGAACUAAAGCAAAAACUGAUCUACCUGAAGAGCCUGUUCCUGCUUCAAGUAGAGACCCAAUAUCUACACGCAGAGGAAGACCUAAAGCUGCAGCAGUGAUUCAAGAGCCUGUUCCAGAGGAAACUGUUGAUGUAACCUCUCCUGCACGCAGAGGAAGACCUAAAACUGCAGAUAUUCCUAAAGAGCCUCUUCCAACAGAAGGUGAUGUAACCUCUCCUACACGCAGAGGAAGACCUAAAACUACAGAUAUUCCUAAAGAGCCUCUUCCAGCUGUGGGUGAGGUAACCUCUCCUACACGCAGAGGAAGACCUAAAACUACAGAUAUUCCUAAAGAGCCUCUUCCAGCUGCCGCUGGGGUAACCUCUCCUACACGCAAAGGAAGAUCGAAAAUUGUGGAGGUACCUAAAGUACCUAUUCCAGCAGCAAGUGAUGUAAGGUUACCUACACGCAGAGGAAGACCUAAAACUACAGAUAUUCCUAAAGAGCCUCUUCCAGCUGUGGGUGAGGUAACCUCUCCUACACGCAGAGGAAGACCUAAAACUGCAGACCUACCUGAAAAACCUGUUUCAGACAGCGAGGUAACGUCGCCUGCACGCGGUGGAAGACUCCAAAACAGAGAAGCAUCCAAAGAAUCUCUACCAGUUUCUGUGGAGGAACCUCAGUCCAAUUUGGAAGAUUCACAAAAGGCAGAAUUAAGUGUGAAAACUUCGCCCGCUGGUAAACCUAUUGCGAGAAGAGGUGGACGACGUAGGAAUGAAGAACAAUUGGCAGAUAUUGCUGGUCCCAAACCAGAAGAGCCUAAGUUGGAGUCAAGACGCAGAGGCCAGUCGAAGUCCAAGAACUUAGACGAAACAUCAAAGACUGUCGAUGUUCCUGACCAGGCCAACAGUCCAGCAGCUAAAUCUGUUAAAGGAUCUGCCAAGUAUCAGAAAGAUAUACAGCCUGAACCUCCUGUUAAGAAAGUACGUGGUAGGCCGAGCAGAAAUGCUCAAAAGGACAACUCUGCAGAAAUCAGCACUUCAGAAGUUGCUGCAACUACAGAUUUAAGUCCAAAAAGAACUCCAACAAAGGGCAGAUCCCCAACAAUAGACACUAGUGAUGUGUCUGUAGAGGAGCAAGAACAGGAAUCUAGAACUAGUGCUCCAGUAUCAAAACAACGAGGAAGAAGAAAAAAUCAAGAGAGUACAAACAAGACUUCUCAGGUGCAAACUGAACCUACAGCAACCGAAACAUCAAGAGCCACACGAGGUAAGAGGGGCUUACCUGACGGUGAACAACCUCAACCUGCUGAAAUAAAGGGCAAGAAGACUGCAAGGAGCAAAGAUUCAGGUGAGCCCAGUGUUAUCGAAAGGCAUUCAAAAUCUGUACAAUGGCACCCUCUGCUGACCACUGAUGUAAAUGCAAAAAGCACAGCGAAAGUAGAAGAAACCACUAUUGAAGCUUCUACCCGUGGUAGCAGGUCUAAAGGUAGAACGAAAGCUGACAUGUCAGAGGCCAUCCCUGCUAAAAGACCACGUAGAGAAAAUUCUGACGACAAAUCUGAACCUCCAGCUAUUUCCGAAGGCGAUACCUCAUCCAACGCUGCAGAUGUUUUUGUCAGCAAAGGCAGGCGAGGAAGGCGGCCCGCAAUUCCUCAGGAACACUUAGAGGACAAAAGUUCAGAUGUACAGUCUUCCCCAGAUGUGACUGCACGGUCUCCAGCCAAACAAGCUUUACAGAAAACUCGAGAGAGGUACGGCAGCCAGCAUUGCACUUGCAGCGAGCAAAAGCCAAUCUCCAGCUAA